UUUGUACUGGAAAUUAGGGCUCGAAGUUUCAUCCCUUUGGAAACUGGAAAACCUCCUGAUGCCACUCACUUCUUGAAAGUCUAGUCAAUUGAUUCUCCCCUCCCCUUCGUUUUUCCUUAAAAGCAACAACCAGCACUAGCAAGAUGGGUGCUUACAAAUACAUGGAAGAAGUGUGGCGUCGCAAGCAAUCUGAUGCUAUGCGUUUCUUGGGUCGUGUCCGCGCCUGGGAAUACCGUCAACGCCCCAACAUUUUGACUCUCCACCGUCCUUCUCGUACCGACAAGGCCCACCGUUUGGGAUACAAGGCCAAGCAGGGAUAUGUCAUCGUCCGUGCCGGUGUCCGUCGCGGAGGACGCAAGCGUCAGAAUCACCGUGGUAUGGUUUUUGGUAAGCCCAAGCAUCAAGGUAUCAAUCAACUCAAAUUCGAGCGUAACUUGCAAAACGUUGCCGAGGAAAAGGUGGGACGUCGAUACGCCAAUCUCCGCGUGUUGAACUCGUACUGGAUCAACCAGGAUGCCACCAUGAAAUACUAUGAAAUUAUCCUUGUCGAUCCUAACCAUACCAAGAUCCGUAAUGAUCCUCGUGUCAACUGGGUCGUCAACCCUGUCCACAAGCAUCGGGAAAUGCGUGGCCUCACUUCGGCUGGACGCAAGUCUCGUGGUUUGCGCAAGGCUGGACACCGUGCCAAUGGUAUCAAGGGAGGAUCCUACCGUGCUGCCUGGCUCAACCGAAACUGUCAAAAGCUCAAGCGAUACCGUUAGGCUUCUACUGUACUACGAUGGUAGUUUUAAUAUUACUCAAAGUUUCCUUCUUAGAGUUCU